UUAUUUGCAUCGUACCAUUUUGUAAAGAAGAAAAGAAUGAGAAAAAACGAAAAUUUGUGGGAGAUAACCGGAGAGUACCAAUAGAAAUAAUUCAAUUUAAAUAUUUUUUUAAAGAUCAAAUGGGAACGGCUGAAAGUGGUCCUUCUGCCACAACUUAAUGGAGGAAAAACAAAGUCUAAUGAAAAUAUAAAACUUUGAUUGUUAAAAUUACUUUUAAUCAAUUGAAUGACGGGACUAUGUUUUAUCAAUAUUCCUAAGAAUUCCUGAUAACAAAAGUUGCGUUUUUUCUAAUUUGUGUUGUGAAUAAAAAUUUUAGUAUAUACGUAGUUUAAUUAUUUUUUUAUUUAAACCGUUUGACGAUUCAUACGUUAAUUUUUCAAAUUGUUGUCUAACUAUUUUUUUAUUGAUAGAUAGGCCGUGCGCGCGAUAGGUAGGCCGUGUGCCUACUCGGUCGCGCCUACUUGGGCUUAGGCGCAGGAAUCUUACAUCUAUCAAAAUUUGCUGGUUUUGAUAUGGAUUGUACUUUAAUUAAAACAAAAUUUGGACAUGUUUUCCCUUCUAAUAAUGAUGACUGGCAAUUUUGGUCAAGAGGUACUAUCGUAAAAUUAAAGAGGUGUCAUAAAGAUGGUUUUAAAUUGUGUAUAUUUACAAAUCAAAUGGGAAUCCGAAAAAAACAUCGCUGCUGGAUUCAAAAUUAA